UCCCAUCACGAAGAGAGAGAGCGGGGCUGAACGGAAAGCAACAUCUCAGUCCGCCUUUUCCACCCAGCAUCUUCACCAACCAACACCGAACUCGAGUGGAAACACACAAGUACACUCAGACUGUCCUCCGGUGUCCACAGUUCCCCCUCCUCCUCCUCAAAAAUGUCCGUGAGCAGUGACUUUGGAAACCCUUUAAGAAAAUUCAAACUCGUCUUUCUGGGGGAGCAAAGUGUUGGAAAGACAUCUCUGAUCACACGGUUCAUGUAUGACAGCUUUGACAACACAUAUCAGGCCACAAUUGGAAUUGACUUCCUGUCGAAAACCAUGUACUUGGAAGAUCGAACGCCUCCUCAGCUUUCUCUCUCUGAACCUCAGGUCAGGUUGCAGCUCUGGGACACAGCGGGGCAGGAGCGCUUCAGGAGCCUCAUUCCCAGUUAUAUACGGGACUCCACUGUGGCUGUGGUGGUCUACGACAUUACAAAUGUUAAUUCAUUCCAGCAGACAUCAAAAUGGAUCGACGACGUGAGAACAGAGAGAGGAAGUGAUGUCAUCAUUAUGCUCGUCGGCAAUAAAACAGACCUGGCAGAUAAGAGGCAAAUCACAAUUGAGGAAGGUGAACAGAGGGCUAAAGAACUGAGCGUCAUGUUCAUAGAGACCAGCGCCAAGACGGGGUACAACGUCAAGCAGCUGUUCCGGCGCGUGGCAGCUGCUCUUCCCGGAAUGGAAAGUAUGCAAGAAACAAGCAAAGAAGGGAUGAUCGACAUCAAGAUAGACAAACUGCAGGAGCCCCAGACUACUGAAGGCGGCUGCUCCUGUUAAUACUCAGCACCAUCCUGGGAGAAAAAAACCCCAUCAUUUACACCACAUGCUUGUUCUGUUGCUUCCUAUUGGUUAACCUGCAGUUGACUUUGCACGUUUGAGAAUCUGGCCUCCUCACCUGACUACUGGUCAUCUGUUGGAACCAGCAAUAUGUGAAUUUGGUUCUAAAGUAGUGUAGCCUACUUUGUUAAUGAAACUGCCAAAAAAGUCUUACAACUUGCAAAAAAGAAAGGAAAAAAAAAAGACAAAGAUGUGAAAAAAGAUCCCCGAGUUACAUAUGUGGAUACAAUUUUUUUAAGUAGAAAAGGAAGUUUCCCCAGUUUCUUUUUUGUAUUUUUGUAUAUUCAGGGAGAUCUCUCUGGAAAGGUUGUUUUUUUAAAAGAUGCAAACAACUUUGCUCUGUGUUUGAGAGCUUGAUAGGAGCAGAUGGUUUUAGGCGUAUUUCUAUGGAUCCCACUCUUGUUAUUGGCAAAAAUGGACAUCCUCCCCACAUUAUUACCCAGAUGUUGAACAAGUGAGAUCCUUACCUUAACCCCUGACAUAGCCAUUUGACUUUACACCAACAUUCAACCAUCUCUAGGCUUAUUUCCUAAGCAUACACCUAAAACUCUAUUCCAAAAAGGUUAUGAGGCUGUCUAAAACAUGAAUCAAAUGACCAUUUUCUACUCCUUUUUGCCAUAUAUUCAAUAGAAAACUGUACCAAGAUGUUUUUUUUAAUGUUGAAAGUGAUAAACUUUAUUGUUUAUUUCAAAUAUACACUCGUUCUUGAUGCAACACAUUUGGCAUGUUCCUAAACGGAAACUGAGGAUAAUAAUUGUUGCUUUGAUAGAGAAAUUCUCUCCCAGUCUUGCUUGAUACAUGACUUCAGUUGCUAAACAAUCUGGGGUCUCUGCUAUCAUAUUUUGUGCUUCAUAAUGUGCCACACAUUUUCAAUGGCAGACAGGUCAGUCCAGUACCUUCAAUCUUAUCCUUUGAAGCCAUGCCGAAAUAAGUUGCCAAUGGUGCCAUAGGCACUAACACACUCCCAUACCAUCACAGAUUUUGCACUGGUAACAAUCCAGGUCCGCCUUUUCCCUUCUAGCUCGGUAAAUCAUGACGUGCAUGAUUUACAAAAACAUUUCUGACAUUGACAUUGAUGUAAGACUUUAACUUUGAAACUGUUUCAAAAUGGAUCAAAGUCAGAAUAAGAAAAAUUCAGAGGUAGAACAUUCAAUGUAUUGUCUGUUGUCUAUAUACAGUUUUGAAUUGAAUACAUAUCAAAAAGGAUUACAACAUUAUCGCAUAGUUUUAUUUACGUUUUAGACAGCAUUCCAACUUUUUUGUAAUAGGUGUUCUAACCCAGCCAAUCACAGCACUCGUGCCCAUAAUUCCUGUGGGAUCCAUAACUUUACGUUCUGGUCGUUACAGCAGCUGAACAGUAACAUCUUGAGUAUCUAAUGCAUGCCUAGUUUUUGAGCAUAGGUACUGUCUACCAGUGUACACAAGUUUGAAUAUGUAAAUGGUAACAUUACACCAGUGACUUAAUGCACUCUGAUAAUGGCUAGUCCAAGUCUUUUUUUUUGUUGAUGAAACUGUUGAACUGGAUUUGUAUACUUGACUUCAGAAUAUCUCUUUGUCGUGCGUGCGUGUAAAUGUGUGCUUUCUGUAUAGGCAACAUUAGAAUGCAGUUAUAUAGAGGGCCACUGCCAAGUCGUGUCAUUCUUUACGGCACCGUGUAGGUCACCAUUUGUUUGCAGUAUGUCAUAGAUCCCCUCCUCCACUCACAACAAUAUGACAUCUGCCUUUGCAUUGUGUGAUAUCUUGGUAGUUGUGUUUAUGGUAGUCUGCACAUAUGCUGUAAGUGAGCAGUGGAGAAUCAAAGCCCUUGCCUUGUGUCACAGAGGAACAUGAACAUUAAGUUCCCUGUGUGGUGAUCUGUGGACUUUAAAAACGCCGGUUCUGUGAUCAAAACAGACCGCCAACAUUGUAAACCAGUUCCAUUCCUGACAGAAGACUAAUUUGCACAUGUAGACCUUUCAGGUUAAUAUGAAGUUCUGAAAAGCUUCAUUGUAAAUGUACAGUCACAUGAUUCAAGUCUGGUUGUCACGUGACGUGUCCCCACUGAGAUGAGGUUUUCUUUGCUGCUUGUGUUUAGACUGACUACUGACGUUGGCAUUAUGCAAAUAUUUUAUUUUAGCCAGGUAUCAUAAUCUACUGGUGGUGAAGUCAGCCAGUGUUGAGAACACUACUUUGAUUUGACUCGUCUUUGAAGUGAAAUCUUACUGCACUUUUGAACAACAUGUUUUAGAUUUAGAGUGACAAUGUUAGUCUUCAGAAACAUGGUAAAAAAACAACUUUAUUAGAGCCCGAUCGAUUUGUCCGUCAGGUGCUUUUAUCAGCCAAUACUGACCAAUCACAGAUACAUAGUAUAUAGGUGUCUGCAAAAAUGUUGUCAGACAUGCACUGAUAUGAUGACUUUUGUUUACAGAAUAUAAUGCAGAAGAUGCUUCGGUAAUUUAGAAAUCGAGAGUCGUCACAUAUUUCGUCCAGCAGAGCGCUCUCCGACUUACAAUCCAGUGGUAAAGAGCACAGAAUGAAAGACAAAAAGUUGCUCUGACUAGUGUCAACCCUAUAGUGUCAUUCAACGCAGGGGACAAGCUUAAAGUUACUGUAGCAAAAUACAGCUGCUGUCAAAAAAGUAGUAUUUGCAAUAUAGAACAUAAUAGAAAACAAAAAAUAAAAUGAAAAAUCGAUAUAUAUAUAUUUGUUCAUACCAUCAUACCUUUGCGAUAUUUUACCGAGGUAUACGGUACACAACGGUAUGUGAAACACGGACAACAGAGUCCUUUUAUACCCCUUUUCAACCAACGUGAACCUAGUUCUUUUACUGGUGCUGGUUCACAGUUGGUUCAACUUGUGAACCGUCUCAGAACCUGUUUGCUUUUCGACAGGUUUUGGAGCCACAUCAUUACGUCACUGUAUCAACCCAGAACUGUCUCCGAUCUCCGUGACUAUAGACUACAUCGUCUCUGUACAAUUGUUGCUCCUGGCUUUGCGAGCCUACAUUGGCAUCCAAACACGACAUGUACAACAUAUUUGUGCUGCUUGUCUUGAUCGAUAUGGACGCCGAUUACGUUUUUAUUAACACUGAACGUAAGAUGUUAAUGUUAGACUUUGCUGUAAGCUAAUGAUAGCCCGCUAACCUGCUAAGGCUAGCCUGCUGUAUCAUUCACAUUGCAGUUAAACAAAUAAAAUAAAAUGAAUGAUACACAUUUUAGUUUAGUCUUGUUGGUCACGAUAAUCCCGCCCCCACGCCCUGACGUAAAUGGUUUGUGGUUGAAGACCAACAAAGAGUUGGUGCCGCUCUGGAACCAGUUUUCCUUGCCGAGAGGCGGUUCUUUGAAGAAGCGAGGAACUGGUUCAAGAUUAGGGACCGGCUCCAAACUGGUCCUGGAACUGCCUUGGUCGAAAAGGGGUAUUUGUUUUAAAAGUCCUAUAAGUCGUUCUGUUUCUCAGCAAACCUGCUCUGAGAGUGACCUCUGGUGGCGGCUGCUGGACAUUACACAUAAAAAAAAUACAGCAUCAUUCCUAGUUUAAAUAGACUGAAAGAGCAAAAAUCCCAAAAAUGUAUUAUCGGUCGGGCUCUAAUCUUUAUCUCCAGAACAUUUUGGAGUUCUAUGUCUUAGAUUAGACUCUAUUGAAUUGUUCACACAUGUCCAAAAAAGGGGAGCCUUUUUAACCCACAUAAUGAGCCAAAUAAUAAUAAUAAUAAUAAUACUAAGAGACAGAUGAAAUAUCAUCGGAGAUAUUGACUGGAACACACUCUUCUGGUGGGUUUGGGAAGUCAGGUUGCAUUCAAGUGAUAAUCCCUCGAAGUGAAGAAAGACAGUAAAAAGUAAUAAUGUAUGAACCCUCUGUGUUGCUGCCUAUUUAUUAUCUCCAAACAGGAAUGUACUGCUCUCAUUACCGACCACACAGCCUUGUAAGGAGAGCACUUUUGAGAAAUUACUUGAUAGGUAUUUAUUUUUAAAUGAGGACAAAUGAUUAAUCAGUUAAUAUAGUCAUUCCUUUGUAUUUAUUCCCCUAACAUAUUAAAAUAGAGUCCCAUUUAGAGGCCCGUUUAAGCAUUCCCUGGAAAUGGACCAAGUAGUGAAACAAAUGUCUUUGCGAGUCGGGGGCUGUGGCCGUUCCCUGGGGGUGUGUAUGUUCUGUCACAGCUCUGUGCAGCAGACCUGAUCAGUCCAGAGCUGGCUCUCCAUUCACACUGUACAGAGAUCUAGCAUGUCUCUCCAAAUGAUUAAUAAAGAUGUCUUAUUACCAAA